AUGGAGGUGAACCCACCGGGACCGGAACAGGACACUUACUCCGAGCGAACUGCAAUCUUGGUGUCGGAACGGGUGAGUCAACAUGAUAUUUACCGUACUCAAAGUGAACUCUUAUCCAGAGAUAGCGAUAUUCGACGCAGAACGCCCACCUACUCUUCCAACCGUGUUCCACCCCAACAUAGCGUGCAUGUGAAAUAUCCGUCUGACAUGGAUUUGACAAAUAAUCAGCGUGUAUCGAACUCACCCAGGUGCAAUCGUGGCAACACAGCAAUUGAACUUGUGGGUGUCAAUUUAACCAAACAGCGAAGCGGCGAGUGUCGGGCGUUUGAGAAGAUUCAAGUUUAA